UCUGUCAUCUCAUCUGUCAUCAAACCAUGGAGUUACGUGGUUUUACAUUAUUAGCGCUCUCUAAAAAUUUUAGCAAUACACGAUGCAAUCUAAAUUCUUUCCAGUGAUUGACUCACAGAUUUUAUCACUCUGCUGUAGAUAUUUAGUUCAGUGCCAUGUUAUUCUUAGGUAGGUCGCCUAAGUGCGAAGAAAUGAAGUGCAGUGAAACAAAAUAUUUACACACAAAAAUGAUUUUAGAAAGGUUUAGGACGGUGUUGAUAUUGUCUAGUGUGGUGUGUACGUUGGCGUUGGUCGUCUCUUUUCACAAGUUGCUUACUUAUGAGGCAAAAUUCUCUAAGCCCUUCUUUCCAAUACCAAUAGGGUUGUAUGGUAACUACCUGGAGACGGUUUCCGAGGAUACGCCGCUGCCGUCGGCCAAGUCUAAGGACACCGUACGAGAUGCCGAAGUUGUGGUGUCACUAGCAGCUGCUCUAGAGAUGAAGAAACAUGGAAAGUCUGACAAAGCUUUAAAACUCUUCCAACACGCGUUUGCACUGUCCCCUAAACACGCAGAUGUUUUAAACCACUAUGGGGAAUUCUUAGAAGACACAAAGAAAGAUGUAGUCAGAGCCGACCAACUCUACACAUUAGCUUUAAGUAAUUAUCCAGACCAUACAGGGGCGUUGGUGAACAGGCAACGCACAGCCAGCAUAGUUGAAAACUUAGACAGAGAAAUGUUAAGGAAAAUAGACGAAAAACGAGAUGCACUAUCAUCCAUACCAGAGAACAACUCUGCUUUGCGGAGAGCUAAGAAAGAGGCCUAUUUCCAACACAUUUACCACACGGUUGGUAUUGAAGGGAACACAAUGACAUUACAGCAAACAAGGAGUAUAUUAGAGACUAGAAUAGCCGUAUCCGGCAAAAGCAUAGAUGAGCAUAAUGAAAUUUUAGGUUUAGAUGCAGCUAUGAAGUAUAUUAAUUCAACAUUGCUGUACCGCUUGAGGGAUAUUACUAUGGGGGACAUAUUAGAGAUCCAUAAGAGGGUUUUGGGGCAUGUGGACCCGGUGGAGGGGGGCCAGUUCAGACGGACACAGGUUUAUGUCGGGGGACACAUCCCGCCCGGGCCCUCUGAGAUACAGAGGCUGAUGCAGCAGUUUUUGGAGUGGCUGAACUCUGAAGAUGCCUUAGACUUACAUCCAGUGAGAUACGCAGCCCUAGCGCACUACAAGCUAGUCCACAUCCACCCGUUCAUCGACGGUAACGGGCGCACGUCGCGGCUGCUCAUGAACCUGGUGCUCAUGCAGGCCGGCUUCCCGCCCGUCAUCGUGCCCAAGCAGCACCGGCACCUCUACUACCAGCACCUGCAGACGGCGAACGAGGGAGACGUGCGCCCUUUCGUCAGAUUCAUAGCGCAGUGCACGGAGCGCACGCUGAACCUGUACCUGUGGGCGACGAGCGAGUUCUCGCACAUGGUGCCUGCCAUCGGCGACCCGCACAUUUUGGCAGGGGAACUCGAGAUGGAAGACCCGCUGUGAU